AUGGUGUUGAGGCAGAUUGAGGUUCGCACCACCCACGACAAAGUGCUGGAGGCCCGUGAGAAUGCCUUUAUGGAGUCGAUCGCAAGGGAGAACGAAAACCCUUUUCAGCAGGCAGCCGACGCUCUGCUUGGUGCGGUCGGCCGGUUGUACACCAACUAUUUAUAUACGUCUGGAACGUUGCUCCUUGCUUGGGCCUGGUGGGGGCUCUACCCACGCUACGCUCGUUUUCGUCACAAGCAUUUUGUACGGUUUCGGCGUAAGUCACAGUCGGAAUUUCGCCGAUGGUUUUUCUACACGCGGCAUAUACCAAAAUGGGACAAGAAAUACCUUCAGCGUGUGGAGUUACCGCGUCGGAUGCCACAUGGGACGCCUGCGGCGCGCAAAUCCCCGCAAUGCACGCAUUCAAGUGUAAUUUUGACAUCAUCAUCAUCAUCAUUGACCUCGUCGCAUGAUACAGACGCGGGGGCAGUAACGUCUGAACGCCAUGAAUCCGCGAGAAGUCAAGAUCCUUUCAUUACCGUUCGUCUCACUGAUGGAGCUUCCUUUGCAGGAGGAUUCCGUGAGCAAAUGGAGAGGAAUGUUGCUUCUGGCAUAUGUGACCUCAAUGAGUCUUUGCAGCAGCAAUUAAAGGAGGGGCGUAUUUUAAGUCGGGAGGCUGUGGACCCAGAUGUUUUGCAAGGAGAAGUGAAGCAAUUGGUGAAGCAAGCGGGCGGCAUCGUUGUGCUGAAGGAGACCCAUGAGACACGGCGGUCUGUACCGGUGGACCGAGAGAUAUGGUGGGUGUCUCCAGAAGAGGCACGACGACGACGGGAAUGGUGGUUUUGGUUGCAGUUGCUAGUGGCCGCCCGCAUAUUAGAGGAUCUGCUCGACAUGCCGGAGAUGCCUGACUUUGUGCAGUGA